AUGUUCGUUCUUACUAUUCUUUCAACAGAUUUAAAGAAAGAGUUGAAAUCCUCAGAGCUGAGAAACCAAAGACUGAAAGAAGUUUUUUAUAAAAAGAUUCAAGAAUACCGUGAAGCAUGUUAUCGACUGACAGGGUAUAAGAUUGACAAUCCUAAAGAUAACCACUAUAUGUUAAUGUCUAUGUAUGCAGAUAGUCAAGACGAUGUUCUCAUGUUUAGGUCAACAGAUUGUGGUGAGAUACAGUUACUGGAGUCGCAAUUCUCAUCAACGUUAACAGACCUGGUGGAACAGUUCCUAAUAAACCAAGAUAGCAUACCAAUGUUUUUGAGUUCAGUUACAUCAGAACUCUUUGGUAGACAAACUAUGGUUACUUCAUAA